AUGGCUAGUUUGCAAACUUUGUUGUCAAUCCUAUUUUUCACUGCAAUUGCAUUUCAUCAAGGUUUAGUUGAUGCAAAGUUUUCCAAAAGCAUGUAUAUCAGCUGGGGUGCCCAUCAUUCAGCAAUUCUGGGCAAUGGCGACGACCUUCAGCUUGUGUUGGAUCAAAGUUCAGGCUCUGGUGUUCAAUCAAAGAGAGCGUUCUUAUUUGGAAGCAUUGAAAUGCUAAUCAAACUAGUACCUGGAAACUCUGCUGGAACAGUAACAGCCUACUAUGUAUCUUCAAUAGGGAACAUGCAUGAUGAAAUCGAUUUUGAGUUUUUGGGAAACAUUUCCGGAGAACCAUUUAUUGUUCAUACAAACAUCUAUACACAAGGGAUUGGAAGCAGAGAGCAGCAAUUCUACCUCUGGUUUGAUCCAACUGCUGAUUACCACAACUACACAAUACAUUGGAAUCCCACUGAAGUUGUGUGGUAUAUUGACAGUCUACCAAUUCGUGUUUACCGCAACUAUGAGAACGAGGGGAUUGCCUAUCCUAACAAACAGGGGAUGAGGGUAUACUCCAGCAUAUGGAAUGCUGAUAACUGGGCAACAAGAGGUGGACUUGUCAAGAUCGACUGGAACAGUGCACCUUUCAUAGCCAGAUUCCGCAGGUUCAGGCCAAGAGCUUGCAAGUGGGUUGGCCCGGCCAGCACUAGUCUAUGUGCCUCCAAUUCCCCAGCCAACUGGUGGACCUCCCCCACUUACAGCCAGUUAAGCAGUGCCCAGAUGGGUCAGUUGCAGUGGGUCAGAAAUAACUAUUUGAUCUAUGAUUACUGCCAAGAUGCUAAAAGAUUCAACGAACAGAUCCCUCCUGAAUGUUUCAAAAAACAGUUCUAA